AGACACGUAUCAAGAGCUUCUCUGAAAGACUGACAGUAUCGUAGUAGUCAGUGAUAAUAUUGAACCUUAAUAUGUUCCAGACACUGUCCUAAGUGAUUUACCUUACAUUAUUCCCUUGAAUGUUUAUAAUUCCCAAGUGAAAGAAGGAAAUGAUAUAUUGGAUAGCUAUGAGUGGGGAGGUUUGUACUGGCUGCUUUCCCAUAAAGAAAUUAAGCUCGUUCACGAAGAGCACGUAGUUUGUUAGUGUUUGGAACACAUUUUUCGUGCCUGAAGUCCAAAUGUUCUUGCUACACCACCAUAGAAACUAAUGUCACUCAGGAACCAUUUGUCAGGGCAAGGGGUGCCACCAUUUUGUAUUUCCUCCUGCCUUAGGACUAUCCUAAAUCAUUCGCACGGAGUGUUUUGAAAGAACUCUCAAGAGCUUCGUUUGCCUAGAGUCAGAAUUCCUAACCUUGAGUCCUGGUUCUGCCAGAAACCCAAGCCGUUUGAUCUUGGGCAACUCCCCAAGAAAGCUGGGUUCAACUUCCUCACUGUCAAACUGGUUAUAGGUCUAGAUGAGUUUCAAGGACUCUUUUUAUGGCUAGAGUCUCUGACAUAGGAAGACUACAUACUGGGCCAGUAACAGGAAGGCACAAAGCUGACUAAAGGUUUAAAAAUUACUUGGUCAAUUUGAUUAAUGAGGAGAAUGAAUCAGAAAAUUUCAAGUUCUCCCAUGGCUAACUGUCGAGUCUCUACUUCAAGAUCAUUCCAUUGGAAAGAGGUCGAAAAUGUACAGUAGGCAUGCACAAAGGAUAACGCCUGGAAAUAAGAUGGCGUCCCGCAAGGAAGGCACCGGCUCUACUGCCACCUCUUCCAGCUCCACCACCGGCGGAGCAGGGAAAGGUAAAGGCAAAGGCGGCUCCGGAGAUUCAGCCGUGAAGCAAGUGCAGAUAGAUGGCCUCGUGGUAUUAAAGAUAAUCAAACAUUAUCAAGAAGAAGGACAAGGAACUGAAGUUGUUCAAGGAGUGCUUUUGGGCCUGGUUGUAGAAGAUCGGCUUGAAAUUACCAACUGCUUUCCUUUCCCUCAGCACACAGAGGAUGAUGCUGACUUUGAUGAAGUCCAAUAUCAGAUGGAAAUGAUGCGGAGCCUUCGCCAUGUAAACAUUGAUCAUCUUCAUGUGGGCUGGUACCAGUCCACAUACUAUGGCUCAUUCGUUACCCGGGCGCUCCUGGACUCUCAGUUCAGUUACCAGCAUGCCAUUGAAGAAUCUGUCGUUCUCAUUUAUGAUCCCAUAAAAACUGCCCAAGGGUCUCUCUCACUAAAGGCUUACAGACUGACUCCUAAACUGAUGGAAGUUUGUAAAGAAAAGGAUUUUUCCCCUGAAGCUUUGAAAAAAGCAAAUAUCACCUUUGAGUACAUGUUUGAAGAAGUGCCGAUUGUAAUUAAAAAUUCACAUCUGAUCAAUGUCCUAAUGUGGGAACUUGAAAAGAAGUCAGCUGUUGCAGAUAAACAUGAGUUGCUCAGCCUUGCCAGCAGCAAUCAUUUGGGGAAGAAUCUACAGUUGCUGAUGGACAGAGUGGAUGAAAUGAGCCAAGAUAUAGUUAAAUACAAUACAUACAUGAGGAAUACUAGUAAACAACAGCAGCAGAAACAUCAGUAUCAGCAGCGUCGCCAGCAGGAGAAUAUGCAGCGCCAGAGCCGAGGAGAACCCCCGCUCCCUGAGGAGGACCUGUCCAAACUCUUCAAACCGCCACAGCCCCCUGCCAGGAUGGACUCGCUGCUCAUUGCAGGCCAGAUAAACACUUACUGCCAGAACAUCAAGGAGUUCACUGCCCAAAACUUAGGCAAGCUCUUCAUGGCCCAGGCUCUUCAAGAAUACAACAACUAAGAAAAGGAAGUUUCCAGAAAAGAAGUUGACAUGAACUCUUGAAAUCACACCAGGGCAACUCUUGGAAGAAAUAUAUUUGCAUAUUGAAAAGCACAGAGGAUUUCUUUAGUGUCAUUGCCGAUUUUGGCUCUAACAGUGUCUUUCUAGCCAUAAUAAAAUAAAACAAAAUCUUGACUGCUUGCUCA